ACGCAUAGUAUGAACCAAAAUAAAAGAAGCAAACUCGGUCCCCUUGGUCUCCCCUCUUCAAAACACCCUCGAAUUCCUCUUCUCCUCGAAGAAAACCAGAGAGUUAGUGGAAGUGAUGGCGUGUGGGAGCCACGAGUGUCAUGUUAGCGAUCCAUUUUCCUCAACUCCACCACAAGCAUCACCCUCUGCUUCUCCAUCUCCUCAAAGGAACCCUAAAGAACAUGAUCAAUGCUUUGUGUGCAAAAGGCUUGGCCACUGGUCCAGAGAUUGCCCCAACAAAACCCCCCCAAAAUCACUGGCCUUAAGCCCUGGAUCAUCCUCCUCGCCUUCAGUGCAGGUUCCUGAUCUUCCAGUGGUUCGAUGCCCUUGUGGUCGGGGCACUUGUAAAGUUUCAACUUCGUACACCGUUAAAAAUCCUGGCAGAAAGUUCUAUGCUUGCCCUGUUGAUCAUAGAACAUCGGGUAGUUGCGGAUUCUUUAAAUGGAGUGACGACAUUGUUUCUAGAUUUAAACCUCCUACGUGUCCAUGUGGUGCCGGGUCAUGCAGUUUAAAUAUCGUGUCAAGUGGUCCAGAUAUAGACCGAUGGUAUUUUACUUGCCGGAUUAAGAAGAACCAUGGAGCUUGUAAAUUUUUCCAGUGGGCAGAUUCUGAAGGGAAUAUCAUGCCAAAUAAGCAUGGAGAUGAAAGCAAGGGAUACCCUGCCCGUCGGUCCUUGUUUACUGUAAACAAUGAACCGUGCACGGAAGACAAUAGGAGUUCUGAUAUUGAGCUGGAGUCAACAAUGGCGGAGAGUGUUGAUAAUUAUCCUAUUUCAUCCAUGGAUUCAGCUAUCAGAAAAGAUGAGGUCCUUGUUAGGGACCUGGUCAAGCAGGACUCCGAGUCUUGCGAUAUUGUGGCUGGGACAGCACUUGAAGUCCCCCCACCAAUACCCAAGCCUGAGAUUCCUUGCCAAGAACCAGAGUUCUCUUUGCAAAUUUCUGCUGCAAGGCACACAAAAAUUGAAGGUGUCUAUUUUUUGGGCACUUCUCCUUUUGAUCCUGUUAUAGAAGAUGUGGGUGAUAUUGAAGGCCUGGCUCUCUUAGCAGGCAGUUCAUCAAAUGAUGAUGAAAGGGAUAUACAGCAAGGUCCAUUUCUACAAUCUCCUAGAGAGGAUGCUGAGCAUCCAAAUGGUAUUUUUCAGGAGCCUUCAGGGACGAAAACUGUGGUGGAGAACAGUGAUACAUCAAAGGUAGCCUUGAAAACGUUUGGGCAAGGUUUGCUCGCCAUUCUGCAGUCUAUGGAUCAGACUCAGCAUGAAACAAUGUUGAAGGUGGCAGAAAACACUUUUGAUGCUAUUGGCCAUCUCUCAAUUGACUAUGCAUCUUUUUCCAAGGCUGUGAGGGAAUACAUUGAAUUCAAAUCAAAACUGGCUGGAAUUGAGGAGUCCAUGGGCGAAGAAUUUUCUCGAGAAGAAUUCCUUGGCCAUUACAAUGAUAAGAAAACCCAGUUUGACAACAUCUCUCAGCGCCAUGUGGAGGCAGUAUCUGCUUAUGAAGCUUCCGAAAACCACCUCCAAUCACUUCGCGUAGAAGUUUCACGUGUCAAAAACAUGCUUCUUGAACUGGAGAAACAAUUAUCUUUCUGUGAGGCUGAGACUUUGAGGUGCAAGUCUUGUGUUACUGAAAUUUCUAACCUUAAGUCAGAAUCGGAGAGAAGCUUGGAUGCUGCAUGUGAGAAAAUGGAAGAAGCUUUGAAACUUGAAGACGAGAGGGAUUCAUUGGUAUAUGCAGCAAAUGCAGCAUUAGAGAAUGCAAGGGUUCAGCUUCUUCAAGAUAAUGGGGGUUCAGGCGACAUGGUUUAUGGCAACCUGGUGAUUUUUGGGCUGCUUUUCUCGCUUUCUCAGCUCAUACACAAACUUAAAGCUCUCUACUGUCACUUCCCUUCUCUCAUGUCUGAUCACAAAAGAAAGUUCCCUCCAGUCAGUGUCAACCAAAAUAAAAGAAGCAAACACGGUCCCCUUCGUCUCCCCUCCUUCCUCUUCUCCUCGAAGAAAACCAGAGAGUCGGUGGAAGUGACGGCGUGUGCGAGCCACGAGGGUCAUCAUAUCGAUCCAUUUUCCUCAACUCCACCACAAGCAUCAUCCUCUGCUUCCCCAUCUCCUCAAAGGAACCCUAAAGAACAUGAUCACUGCUUUAUGUGCAAAUGGCUUGGCCACUGGUCCACAGAUUGCCCCAACAAAACCCCCCCAAAAUCACUGGCCUUAAGCCCUGGAUCACCCUCCUCGCCUUCAGUGCAGGUUCCAGAUCUUCCGGUGGUUCGAUGCCCUUGUGGUCGGGGCACUUGUAAAGUUUCAACUUCGAACACCGUUAAAAAUCCUGGCAGAAAGUUCUAUGCUUGCCCUGUUGAUCAUAGGACAUCGGGUAGUUGCGGAUUCUUCAAAUGGAGGGACGACAUUGCUGCUAGAUUUAAACCCCCUAUGUGUCCAUGUGGUGCCGGGUCAUGCAGUUUAAAUAUCGUAUCAAGUGGUCCAGACAGAGGCCGAUGGUAUUUUGCUUGCCGGAUUAAGAACCAUGGAGCUUGUAAAUUUUUCCAGUGGGCAGAUUCUGAAGGGAAUAACAUGCCGAAUAAGCAUGGAGAUGAAAGCAAGGGAUACCCUGCCCGUCGGUCCUUGUUUACUGGACAUCAGGUCCGUAUUGUAAACAAUGAACUGUGCACGGAAGACAAUCAGAGUUCUGAUAUUGAGUUGGAGUCAACAAUGGUGGAGAGUGUUGAAAAUUAUCCUAAUUCAUCCAUGGAUUCAGCUAUCAGAAAAGAUGAGGUCCUUGUUAGGGACCUGGUCAUGCAGGACUCCGAGUCUUGUGAUAUUGUGGCUGGGACAGCACUUGAAGGCCCCCCACGAAUACCCAGGCCUGAGAUUCCUUGCCAAGAACCAGAGUUCUCUUUGCAAAUCUCUGCUGCAAGGCACACAAAAAGUGAAGGCACUUCUCCUUUUGAUCCUGUUAUAGAAGAUGUGGGUGAUAUUGAAGGCCUAGCUCUCUUAGCAGGCAGUUCAUCAAAUGAUGAUGAAAGUGAUAUACAGCAAGUUCCAUUUCUACAAUCUCCUAGAGAGGAUGUGGGUGAUAUUGAAGGCCUAGCUCUCUUAGCAGGCAGUUCAUCAAAUGAUGAUGAAAGUGAUAUACAGCAAGUUCCAUUUCUACAAUCUCCUAGAGAGGAUGCUGAGCAUCCAAAUGGUAUUUUUCAGGAGCCUUCAGGGACGAAAACUGUGGUGGAGAACAGUGAUACAUCAAAGCUAGCCUUGAAAACGUUUGGGCAAGGUUUGCUCGCCAUUCUGCAGUCUAUGGAUCAGACUCAGCAUGAAACAAUGUUGAAGGUGGCAGAAAACACUUUUGAUGCUAUGCGCCAUCUCUCAAUUGACUAUGCAUCUUUUUCCAAGGCUGUGAGGGAAUACAUUCAAUGCAAAUCAAAACUGGCUGGUAUUGAGGAGUCCAUGGGCGAAAACUUUUAUCGAGAAGAAUUCCUUGGCAAUUACAAUGAUAAGAAAACCCAGUUUGACAACAUCUCUCAGCGCCAUGUGGAGGCAGUAUCUGCUUAUGAAGCUUCCGAAAACCACCUCCAAGCACUUCGCGUAGAAGUUUCACGUGUCAAAAACAUGCUUCUUGAACUGGAGAAACAAUUGUCUUUCUGUGAGGCGGAGACUUUGAGGUGCAAGUCUUGUGUUACUGAAAUUUCUAACCAGAAGUCAGAAUCAGAGAGAAGCUUGGAUGCUGCAUGUGAGAAAAUGGAACAAGCUUUGGCACUUGAAGACGAGAGGGAUUCAAUGGUAGAUGCAGCAAAUGCAGCAUUAGAGAAUGCAAGGGUUCAGCUUCUUCAGUGACACCACGACACUUUCGAUUUGUUUCUGAAGUAUCAAACAAUCUAAGUAAGUUACAUUCCUCUAAACUUGGGAAUGAGAAUAACUUGAGUUAUUUGACAAACCAGCAAAUCACGCUAGUUUAAUAAAAAAAAUUAAAAUAAAUAAAUUACAAAGCUAAUUUUUCAAUUAUUUUAAUAUUAAAAAUAAAAAAACAAUUUUUUUUUUAAAAAAUCAUAUUAAAAUAAAAAAAAGGAAAGAAACCUAUUUUUCAAGUAAAAACAAAAAAAUUAAUGUGGAAACUAGCAAUCCAUCCAGUUUUGUGAAGAAAGCUGUAAUAAUUCCCGCAUGCUUUAGUAGUCUUUGUUAUAAUAAUAUAAUAAUAUUUUAAACACCUUUGUAUUACUUGAAUAUAAUUGGACAAAAAAGAAAAAGAAAAAAAGUCCGGCAUCUCUACGAACCACGGUUACCAAGUCAAGAAGAAACAGCGCAGAAAGUUCAUUUAAGGUAUUCCGAGGAAAACUAAUAUAAAGGACAACAAACCUGGCUUUUCCAGAAAUUAUGUAUUUUUCCAUUCAAAGUUAGCCUUUACGUGGCUUUAUUCAAGCCUGCCACGUAAGGAAAGAAGGAAGGAAAGCACGAAAGUUUUACCGCCCUUCUCUAUUUCCACACCCUUUAUUUUGUUUUUUAUUUCUUAAAAAAAUACGGUGUAUAAAAAACUAAGCAAACAUGUCUUUUAGUCUAGUUUUUCUAGUAAAAAUAAAGGCCUUGCUUGAUUUGUUUAGAACAAAUAAAAUAAAUGAACAUAAUUAAAUUAGGUGAAUCAAACAAGAUUAUUACAGAAUUUUAAAAACAAUAGUUUAAUGUUUUCUGAUUUUGUAGAGAAUUAUAGAAUUAGUAUAUAUGUUUUCCGUUUCUUUUAAUUUUUUUCUAUAAAAUUAUAAAAUCUUCCACGAGUGAACAUUAGAUGUUCUUGCCUGUUCUCACAAAUUUUGGAUUUUGUUUGAUAUUCAAUGGAUGUUGUAAUUCUUUCAUGUUUGAAAUAUAAUCUAGGUUUAUGAAUAAUUUGCAAUCGCUAUUGAAAUCCUUCAAACUGAAUAGAUCAAACCAGGUUUAUAUCUUACCACACUGAGGAUUAUAUUAAUUUUUUUUAUCAUGAGAAAUAAUUUUUUAAAAAAAAUGAACAUAAAAAAGAGAGCCAAGGUGCACCCGUCUAUGACAUUUUAAAAAAAUAAAAAAGAAUAUAUUAAUAUAUUUCUAAAUUUUCUCGAGAAAACCUAAGAAAGUUCCCGGCCACGGCCGGGCAUCACCUGUGGAGAAUAAAGCUGUUUUUCUAAUGCUUUCCAAUAAUUGAUUGUAGCUGUAAACUCUUGGUCUUUGGGCGAGAUGGUCAAAGUUAAAACACAGUUAUUAGUUUUUACUUGUGUGUUUCUCCAUACUUUUGCCUGUGUUUGUAAUGCUUGUCUUGAUCUAAGUAAAGUGGUUUGAUUUUGAUACAGAACCAUGUAGCUUGUAAAUUUUUCCAGUGGACAGAUUCUGAAGGGAAUAUCACGCCGAAUAAGCUGUAUAUGACACUGAUGGUGGCAGCAUAUGGGCUGCAACAUUUUAUCAAUAGUUGGUGUAACUUGUUUGACAAUACCUACCUACCAUUAUAAUCUUUUCACAAUGAUAUCCCUUCUUUUCUACAGAUGCUGUGUCAUAUUAAUAACAACGUCCCAACAGUUCUGAUAUUGAGUUGGAGUCAACAAUGGUGGAGAGUGUAGAAAAUUAUCCUAAUUCAUCCAUGGAUUCAGCUAUCAGAAAAGAAAAGAUGAGGUCCUUGUUAGGGACCUGGUCAUGCAGGAAUCCGAGUCUUGCGAUCUUGUGGCUGGACAGCACUUCAAGGCCCCCCACCAAUACCAAGGCCUGAGAUUCCCUGCCAAGAACCAGAGUUCUCUUUGCAAAUUUCUGCUGCAAGGCACACAAAAGUGCUAUCUGACAAUAAUAUAGACCCCAACCUGGCAACCUGGCACAGCAGCUUCUGGUGAAGUGCAACAUGGCGGGGUCUUUCAGUUGCAAAUAAAAUGCGGCUGAACACCGUAACUCGUGCCGCAUGCUUGGUUAAUAUAUAUGCACUGUUAUUUUCCUGAUCAAACUGCUCUUCUUUUUAUUUGUGUUGUUUUGGGUCCGACCAACCCGAUUAUGUUUAGGUGUUGUCGUUUUGUUUUGUCUGAUUUUUCAAGUUAGUUAUGAUGCAUGCGUGUGAUGGGAAAAAUAAUCAUGUCCUUACUGUUAUCGAAUUGGUUGUAUUUUCUUUACAAAAAGUUUGUGCUUAACAACAUUAUGUUAUGGCUUGUGGGGCAAUUUUCCA